AACAAAGGCGAAAGGAGACUUGGUAUCAUUCUUGGUGCAUGGGCGAGUUUGCGAGACCAAACUCCACGAUUGGAUUUUUCUUAAGGAGAAAGGUUCUAAAAAUAAGUGAGUCUAUUGUGCGCUGCGUUUGAGCGUGAGUCGCGUGAAGUGAUUUAGCCCAUUGAUCGGCAAUGGGGAGGAGGCGGGCCCGGCUCUAGUGGCGUCAUUCCCAGGGAUCUGAAGAUGGCUCCUCUAUACGCUUCUUGGGCACACAGCUGCGUCAACGUCCAGCUGUCAGAACGCACAUUUGUGUGAGCAGGAAGAAGGAAAAGCAGUAAUACAACGAGUCUGACGGGCGGAACUCCAUCGCUCGAGUUCACCCUUGAUCAGUGCUACAGCAGACGCUCCGGUCGUCGCACGCACGCGGGAGCCAUGGGGUCGUCCACGGACGAAGAAUUUAAAGAGAAAUUGCUGUGGAAUGUGAAACGGGAGGUGAAACAGAUCAUGGAGGAGGCUGUUACCAAGAAGUUCGUACAUGAGGACAGCAGCCACGUCAUUGCCCUGUGCAGUACCAUUGAGGCUUGCCUGACACACAUGCUGAAGCGUAGAGCAGCUGGUUUCCUACGCAGUGAUAAGAUUGCUGCCCUGUUCACUAAAAUUGGGAAGGUGAACAGCACGGCGGGGGAUGUGUGCCAGAGGGUGCAGGAGCAGCUGCAGCAGCAGGCUGAGGUCACCAGAAGGAUGCAGAACACAGGGCAGGAACCCCUGAGGAGGCAGGGUUCGAGUGCUGGCCGCGCCCCCCAGCCCCUCUCCGCCCAGGCUAUCAAGCAUAUCUGGGUGCGCACUGCACUCUUCGAGAAGGUGCUGGAUAAGGUCGUCCAGUACAUUGUGGACAACUCCAGUAAGUACUAUGAGAAGGAGGCCCUGAUGCAUGACUCAGUCUGUGGCCCCAUUCUGGCAGCUCUGCUUGUUGGGCCCUGUGCUCUAGAGUACACCAAGCUGAAGACGUCCGAUCAUUUCUGGACCGACCCGUCUGCUAACGAGCUGGUCCAGCGGCACCGGAUCCAUGGGGCCCAUCGGGGGACAGACCCAUCCCCUGGCCGGAGACCCGCUUUGGGGAUCCGGAAGCGGCAGUCCAGUGGGAGCAUGGUGGAGGACCGCUUUGCAGCAUCAGCGCGGGAGUAUGUAGAGUCACUACACCAGAAUUCACGCACACACCUGCUGUACGGGAAAAACAACGUGCUGGUGCAGCCGAAAAAGGAUAUGGAGGUGUUGCGGGGAUACCUGUCCCUCCACCAGGCAGGGGAAAACCUCACCCUAAAGUGGACCCCCAACCAGCUGAUCAAUGGGACCCUGGGGGACUGUGACCUAGAGAAAAGUAUUUACUGGGAUUAUGCCCUGACUGUGCCUAUUCGACAGAUCGUCUGCAUUCACUGUCACCAGAGAGCGGACUGCGGAGGAACCCUGGUGCUGGUGAGUCAGGACGGCAUCCAGCGCCCCCCGCUGCACUUCCCCCCAGGGGGGCACCUGCUGGCCUUCCUGUCCUGCCUGGAGACCGGCCUUCUGCCCCGAGGGCAGCUGGAGCCCCCUCUCUGGUCCCAGCGUGGCAAGGGGAAGGUCUUCCCAAAGCUGAGGAAGAGGAACAGCACAGCAAGGCUGGUAACAGAGCAGGACACUGGGGGAGAGGAGGACACCGCUGCCGACUACGUCUUUCGCAUCGUUUACCCCGGUCACCGGCAUGAGUCCAUCACUAUAAACUACCACCACACGACGGGCAGUCGUGCGCCCUCUUUGGACGACGAUGAGGAGGAGGAGGAUAGACUUCACGCAAUGAUUUCAAUGAUCUGCUCGCGGAACCUCACAGACCCUAAUGUCAUGAAAGAUCACGGGGAGAUACUGGAGGCGCAGGCUUUUGGGGGCAGCCCAUUGUCAUGGCAGCAGGGAGAGUGCACCAGCCACAUGUCGUCCUGUCUGUCCUGUUCCACUGCAGGCAGCAGCACGUCACUUGAGCUCCCACCUGGCUGUACCUGUAUGCACGACCGUAUUCCCCUGAAGAUGCUUUGCCAAAACAUGAAGAGGCAGAUUGUCUCCAGGGCUUUUUAUGGCUGGCUGGCCUACUGUCGCCACCUGUCCACUGUACGCACACACCUGUCUGCGCUGGUCAACCACAACAUUGUGCCGCCAGACAAACCCUGUGAGGCUUCGGGGGGACUGAGUAGAGAUGUGUGGAGCAAGUAUCAGAAGGACUGCAAGAACUACAAAGAGCUGGAACUGCUGCGGCUGGUAUACUAUGGGGGGGUGGAGCACCAAAUUAGGAAGGAGGUGUGGCCUUUCCUGCUGGGACACUACAGAUUUGGCAUGGGCAAGAAGGAUAUGACUCAGAUCGAUGAAAAGAUCACUACCAGGUACCAGCAGGUGAUGCGUGAGUGGAAGGCUUGUGAGGUCAUUGUGAAGCAGCGGGAGAAGGAGACGCAGUCGGCUAUCUUGGCCAAGCUGUCCUCUGGGAGCAGCAUUGACAGCCAUGUCCUGCGUCUCCUUCACAGAGACUCCACCCUCAGCAACGAGGUUUUUAUGUCUGUGGAUGAGCCGGAUGGGGGCGGACAGGACACGCCAGGUGGGGGGUCCGGUACCCCGACUUUGACUGCUGUGGUGACUCCGGCAGCACUGGCCCCAGACGAGAGGCCACUAGUGGAGUUUGACUCACCGGACUCUGGUCUCCCGUCUUCACGCAACUACUCGGUGGCCUCGGGGCACUCCCAGAUCCUGUCCAGCAUCGAGGACAGCCAGAGCAUGGAGGAGGAGCCAGGGGAGGAGGUGGGGGAGGAGCUUCCACAGGGAAUGCUGGGAGGUCACAGUCGGCAGGACUCCUUGUGUGAGGAGCGGCUCUGCGGCCAGAUGGACAAACUGGCAACCAGCAGUGAGGGCAUGCCCGUGUCCUUCUCCUCUUACACGAUUGAGCUGCUGGACACAGUGGCGCUGAACCUGCACAGAAUUGACAAGGACGUGCAGCGCUGCGACCGCAAUUACUACUACUUCACCCCAGACAACCUGGAGAAACUGCGCAACAUCAUGUGCAGCUAUGUCUGGGAGCAUCUGGAGAUGGGUUAUGUCCAGGGCAUGUGUGACCUACUGGCCCCUUUAAUGGUCAUUCUGGAAGAUGAAUGCCUUGCAUACAGCUGCUUCACCCAGCUGAUGAAGAGGAUGAGUCAGAACUUCCCUAGUGGCGGUGCCAUGGAUACUCACUUUGCCAACAUGAGGUCGCUGAUACAGAUCCUGGACUCAGAGUUGUACGAGCUGAUGCAGCAGAAUGGGGAUUACACACACUUCUACUUCUGCUACCGUUGGUUUCUGCUGGACUUCAAACGAGAGAUGCUGUAUGAGGAUGUGUUUGCCAUGUGGGAGGUGAUCUGGGUGGCCCCACGCAUCUCCUCCCAGCACUUUGUGCUCUUCAUCGCCUUGGCACUUGUGGAGGUGUACAGGGAGAUCAUCCGCGACAACAACAUGGACUUCACCGACAUCAUCAAGUUCUUCAAUGAGAUGGCAGAGCGACAUGAUGUGCAGAGAAUUCUGCAGUUGGCGCGGGAGCUGGUGCACAAGGUCCAGAGCCUCAUCGAGAAUAAGUGAACGUCAUGGGGGAGGAGCUGAGAACACAGGGGGAGGGCCAGGAAGCAUGACAGGGGAUAAGAUGGCACAAGAGGCAGUGUGGACUUCCUUUCAGUGUGUGACCCUCAGAAUAACCACUCCCCACCAGCUUCUCCCCAUGCCCCUCCCAGACACAGACUGCCCACAGCAAUGAGCAGCAGCCCUGGGAGGGUGCAACUCUGGGUGUAUUUAACUUGCUGUCACAGAAUGCGAUUGUGUUGGACUUCAGACUCGUCUGCAUGCUUGUGAGUUUGAUCACACUGUGACCCAGUUUUGAGUUUUUAUGUAAAAUAUACACACGAACACACACACACAUAUGCGGUAUUUAUUAGAUCGUUUUAGAUCAGUCCAGUUUACAGUAAUGCCUCAAUCCUCACAUGGAGCCUGUACAUCAGUCUCUUCCACUCAGCAAUCUCUGCUCUCUGGAAUCCGAGGAUUUAAGCUGGGUUCUUCUGCUCAACCACCACAAAGCCCAAUCCUCCUCUCAGUGGUGGCUGUACAGGGGCGUCAAAGCAGAGUACAUGUGCAGAAUACCGUAAAGGCAGAGCACAUGUCUGGACAUGUCUAUACAAUGUGGUCAGAGUGGAGCAUGUGUGCAGAACAUGGUCAAAGCAGAGCACAUAACAGAGCACGUGAGUAGAAAGCAGAGCGCGGUUGCCAAUGGAUUUUGUGCCAGCCACUUCCCCACUAACAUAAAGCCACGAAAAUAUUCCAGUUUAACUUGUGACCAAAAGAACUGUGCCAACGUAAGGACGUUUUCAUGGUGUUUGUAUGGGAGGUGAUAACUCUGGAUUCAUUCUGCUGCUCUCUUCAUGUUUCUGGGAUUUAAUGGCUUGGAAUUGUUGACAUGAAAAUAUGUUGCCUUCAUGAGAAUAUUCACACACUUCUCUUCACCGUUUGCACUUUGAAGACACUCCCCAGCCUGCACAACUUUGGGUAUUGGGGGGGGAGCUGGGUGGUGCCCCUGUCAAGGGGAGACCUCGGGGGGUGGGGGUGGGUGUGGGAGGGAUACUUCCACAAGACAAACAGGUGUCCUGCCACGUGCCCUGCCCGCUGCUGCUGAUCCAGCUGGGACUGGCCUGCAGGGAUGCUCCCUAGCAGACGGACUGUAGAGCUUAGAGUGCCAACACACGGACAGACAUGGACAGAUGGACAGGCAGGGGUGGGUCUGUUAAACUGAACAAACAGCCCCCCCCCCCCCAACAGCACCUACGGCACUCCCCCCCACCCCAAGCC